CUUCUGUCAAUUCUCUCUCUACACCCGCCCACAACGUCUCUAUAUUUUCAGAAAAAAAGUACCCAAAAAAACAAAAAAAAAAAAAAAAGGAAAAAAAGAAAAAGGAGAAGAAAAUAAAAAAGAAAGAAAAGCAAGAAACUGAAUAUAGAAAAGAAAUUUUUGUGGACAAAAUGGGAAAGUUGAUCUGUGAUUCCACGGCGUCAUCUCCGGUGAUCCCGUGGCAUGACCCCACCACUACCCCAUCUUCCUUAGACUCCGCCGCCACUGUCGCCGUCGGGGAAAUUGUUGGAAAGUCAACGCCUGUGCCGGAAAAUAUUAUAUCAUGGGAAAAUGUGCGGGGAUUAGAGGACCAGCAGAAGAAGCAUUUGACAAGGCUUUACAAUAAGGGAGUUUUGUGGAAGCACCCAGAGGACAAGAGCUUGAUUAUUGUGUUUAAGCUUAGCCAUGGAGGGGAGGUGGAGGCGGAUGGGAAUUGCCUUUUCACGGCGGCAAGUAGAUCGAUGGGAGGUGGGGUGACGGCGAGGGAACUGAGGAUGAGAUCUGUGAGGAGAUUCGUGGAGGAUUUGGCAGCGGCGGACGAGGAAACGAAAGGGGUUAUUGAAUCGGCGAUUCGGCACAUGUAUGCGCCGGAUCUGAAGUCGGGUUGGGGGAUUCAUGUGGUUCAGGAGGUUAAAAUGUUAACGAAAAAAAAAGAUCGAGAGGGGUUGGAAUCCUCUAUCAAUGAGCUUAUUCAGAUUGGCAUGCAGAGGUAUAUAUAAAUUCUCAAAAUUUUCUUGGAUCCAAGUAUCUGGAUUUUGAUUUUUCUUAGAUCUUUUCUCCCCAACAAUCAAGAUUUUCUUUUUCUGGAUUUGGGUUCUCUGUAUGAUUCCUCCAUUUAUGAUAUAUAUUUUUUUUUUGGUCGGAAAAAAAACUUUUUUGCUAUUUUUUGUGAUAUAAGAACUGAACAAAUAAAUUCAAUAUUUAAGAAUUCCUUUUCAAAUUUGAGGAUUUUCGGAGAUUUCCUUUAUCCGGCAUCAAACGGAGUUACGGGAAGUACGAGCAAAUGGAACACCUUUCAGGAGUUUUAAGAAUUCCUUUUCAAAUUAGAGGAUUUUCAGAUAUAUUUAGACAGAUUUAAAAAUCUGUUUUUGGAUGUCCGAGAAAAUUCAGAAAUCUUGUUUCUUGUUUCUGAGUUUGGUUUUGAAAAGUUAGUUUUGAUAAUUUAUUUGCUUUCAGCACGAAUAGAAGAUUGUU